GCCCCCUGCGGGGCGGAAGCGGCUGCCGGCGCCGGAAGUGCCGCCCGGCGCGCCCCCUCCCGCGGCUCGCGCGAGCUGCCCGCUUCCUGCCUCUGUCAGUGCGCGUCGGGAGCCUCCGGUGUCCUCCGGCCUUUCAUGGAAGAGAUGUCAGGAGAGAGUGUGGUGAGCUCAGCGGUGCCAGCGGCGGCCACCCGCACCACUUCCUUCAAAGGUGCCAGCCCCAGCUCCAAGUACGUGAAGCUGAAUGUGGGCGGGGCACUCUACUACACCACCAUGCAGACGCUGACCAAGCAGGACACCAUGCUGAAGGCCAUGUUCAGCGGGCGCAUGGAGGUGCUCACCGACAGUGAAGGCUGGAUCCUCAUCGACCGCUGCGGGAAGCACUUUGGGACCAUACUCAACUACCUGCGCGAUGGCGCGGUCCCCUUGCCCGAGAGCCGCCGGGAGAUUGAGGAGAUGCUGGCCGAAGCCAAGUACUACCUGGUGCAGGGCCUGGUGGAAGAGUGCCAGGCCGCCCUCCAACAGAACAAAGACACUUACGAGCCUUUCUGCAAAGUCCCUGUGAUCACCUCGUCCAAAGAAGAGCAGAAGCUCAUAGCGACGUCCAAUAAGCCGGCCGUGAAGCUGCUCUACAACAGAAGCAACAACAAAUACUCUUACACCAGCAACUCCGACGACAACAUGCUGAAGAACAUCGAACUGUUUGACAAGCUGUCCCUGCGCUUCAACGGGCGGGUCCUGUUCAUCAAGGACGUCAUCGGGGACGAGAUCUGCUGCUGGUCCUUCUACGGCCAGGGCCGCAAGAUCGCCGAGGUCUGCUGCACGUCCAUCGUCUACGCCACCGAGAAGAAGCAGACCAAGGUUGAGUUCCCCGAAGCCCGAAUCUACGAGGAGACCCUGAAUAUUCUGCUGUACGAGGCCCAGGACGGCCGGGGACCCGACAACGCGCUGCUGGAGGCCACCGGCGGGGCAGCUGGGCGCUCCCACCACCUGGACGAAGACGAGGAGCGCGAGCGCGAGCGGAUCGAACGGGUCCGGAGGAUCCACAUUAAGCGCCCCGACGACCGAGCCCACCUCCACCAGUGAGCCCACCGGGGCCGCCCCGCCUCCGCUCGCCCGCCGUGCCCCUCUCGGUUCCCGCGCAGGCUCCCCGGAGCCCCUGAGAGACUUUUUAACAAGCCAAACAACUCUUUUCUAUUCCCGACAAGGUAGACGAUUGUCUGUAGGCAGGUGAGCGCAGCCUCACGGCAGCCAGGCGUGUCCAGGUCUCCUUCCCGGGAGGGCGCCUGGACCCUGGCUCCCGCCCGCGCUCCUCGGGGACGAGCAUGUGUGGAUGGGCCGCGCACGUGAGAACCUUUGUUGGCAGUAUUUAUUUCUGUGAGUGGUGACUACCUGUUUGAAAUGGUUGGAUGACGAGCCCUCUGGGGCUCGGCUCGACAGCUCCCCAGGGGACCCCCGCCCCCCAUUGAUGGGCACCAGCGGUGUCUGCACCCCCUCCCUCUCCCCUGGCCUCCAGCUCCGCACCCUGCUGGCCAGCCCCGCCGCCUUGCUCCAAGUCCUCUACAGCAGGACGUUGCCUGGGCACGCUGCCAGUUCACCACCAAGGUGGCCGCACGGACACUUGGUGCCUCGGAGCUCUCGCCUGCCCGGCUCCCCUGAAGGCACAAGUCUGUGGCCACCGCGGCUGUGCUUCGGCCUGGCGCUGGCCAGGACUCCAGGCCAGACCGGGCCAGAGCUGCCCCUGGCGGUGUGUGCCCGCUGCACUCCGGGAGGGCCUGCUGGCUCCAGGCUCUCCUUCCUCCUCCCCGGCCCUGUCCUGCUGGGCUUGCUGCUGCAAGUGGAUGUCCCCAGCCCCCCAGCAGCCCCUGGGGAAGGCCCCCGUGGGGGUAGCUUCCUGGCUGUCAGCCUGGCCAUCCCCUGGGGGUCCCUUUCGUCUCUGUGAUGUUGACAGUGUGGAGCGAGCAUCUGUGAGCAGGGUGAGAGCAGGUGUGGGCCCCAGCGGGGGCCGUGUGUGACUGCGGAUGUGACCGUGUGCUCGUGGGCCGCUGGAGUCCGGCUGUCUGCCGGGGGCUCGUGUCGUGCAGACACUCCCGGUUACCUACCUCCCGGGCUGCAGGCGGCAACGAGCAGAGACUCGACAAUGUGGAGCAGUGGCGGGACGCGUGAGUGUGGAGGGGAGGGAGGGCCCUGCCUGCCUGAGGCCGAAGUGACCAGUUUAUACCAAAGGGAUUCAUAGGGGCAGCCUUUGACAUUUUGUAUUCCCAAAAUGGAGUUUAUAUUUUGAAAUGAUUUUUACGGUUUGGACUCUGCCCGCCCAGCGGCAGCUCAAAAACUUUAUUUUAUACCCUGCAGGGACGCCUGCGCUAGAGCAAUCGUGAGUGACCCCGAGUAACACACCGUGGGCAGAUGCUUUUAAAGCUGCCCUCUGGGGAACUGCCGGGUGAGGCCAUCUGGGGUCCCCUCGGUGAAGGCUAACCGGAUAACGUUUUCGUAAAUAUUUUAUACUGUUCACAACCAACCCUUGGGUCGAACUUUUUCUUUCUAGAAAAGCAAAAAGAAUGUUUUACUGUUUUCUGUAGGAAUGGAAAAGCCAUCAUAAUUUAAAGUAAAACUGUUUACCAAGGAAUACAUUUGUGGAACAAUCUACUGUCAAUCUGAUGUGUUCUGGCUUCUACAUCUUGUGACCCAGCGUUUCGGGCUGUCUCUCGACAUUUCCUUUUCUUGCAACUCUGAAGUUCUCUGUAGUUUUGCGUUUUGACUGCCCGGGGAUAGGAAAAGACUCAGAAGACAUUCCAUGUUCACUGCCUGUCGCCGUGAGGUGACAGAGCGGUGUCUUGUCCCGGCUCCGUCAACCAAAUACGUUCUACAGGGAAAUGAUUCUUUGUGAGUUGGCCCAAAGGGCAAGCAAGAGUCAUUCUCUGUCCCAUUAAGGCUCAUCCAAGCAAAACGCUAUCACUCGGAAAUUGUAAGCCAUUUCAUGUAACAAGUUCGGUUCUUCCCCCAUCAGCGCUCUGUCACCGUGACUAGGGGCCCCUGCCCAGGUGAUGCCUGGCAUAGCCGCUCCCUCAGGGUACCCCCACCCCCCCACAGCUGUGUGUCUCUGUAUGGAAAAAGUGCUCUAAGCUUCAGAAGUAGUGACUGCAUUGUGCAAGCAUUUGUGGGCGUAUGUACAAUAAAAGUUCCACUUCCAUUCAAA